CAUAAUUUAGCUAAUUGAAUUAGGACCAUCGACCGCCACCGAAAAGAAGCGGAGGAACUGCUGAACUCCGUCAGCGUAUUCGUCCGUCGGGUGUCAACCGGUCAGCAACGGGUCGCUGUGCGCUACUUUUUUUUAGUUUGGACCGAAAAAGGACAUUUGGACCGUUUUGCUGGAAUUUCGGGAGUAAUUUGGAUAACUGAGGUGUUUUGGGCUACCGGAUUAUCGGAUGAUUGGAGGAAAGUGCUCGUUAGAGGUGUAAGCUGAGCAGUGGCUGAAGAAAAGUGAAUCUAGAACAGUCUAAUUCGAUUAAGAGAGUGAUGUAACCUUGAAAAUCUUUAAAAGUUGAAAUUGUGUUCAGUGCUUCCAAGAAAUACUUCCUAAACUCAGGACCCUACGUGCCUUUGACGGUGGUCCAGAGGAUACAGUGUCUAAAAUGUAGAUCUUUAUGCAUCUGAGCCUCAGGAAUACAGUGAACUCCAGAUCAAAUCGAUAAUCAACGAACCACUAACUGGAGGAAACUUGGAUGGAUUCAAAAUCCCUCCGAGUUGUGUUCCGAUGAAACAGAAGCAAUAGCAUAACCGUAAGUGCCGAAGAAACCCUCAAACGUCAAUUGUGAUCAAACCGUGUGAUCAUGAAGAAAACCACCGAAUCCAGGGAGAACCUGGUGAACUCGUCGGCAUCGCUGGCGAAUACCGAGGAUGGCCGUGCCGGGGGUGGUGGAGGAGAUGCAGGUGCCGAUGGAAAAUCGAUCUGCAGUGCCGUGUCGGAGUUCGAUCGGGACAUCCCCGAGGUGAUACUGACCAAAACGGAGAAGAAGUUUCUGCUGAGUGCCGAACGGGGUGAUUGCGCAACCGUGCGACGCAUAAUCCAGGAAAACAAAGGUGAUCCGGAUGAGUUCGACAUCAACUGUGUGGACCCACUGAAUCGUUCCGCCUUGAUAGCAGCCAUCGAAAAUGAAAACAUCGAGCUCAUUCGGUUAUUACUUACCGAGGGAAUCAAAGUUCAGGAUGCACUGCUGCACGCCAUCAAGGAAGAGUACGUGGAGGCGGUGGAAACGCUGCUCCUAUGGGAAGAGGAAAAUCACAUACCCGGUCAGCCCUACAGCUGGGAAGCCGUGGACCGGUCGUCGUCUUCCUUCACCGCCGAUAUCACACCGCUCAUCCUGGCCGCUCACAAAAACAACUACGAGAUUCUGAAAAUCCUGCUGGAUCGAGGGGCGACUCUGCCGAUGCCACACGACGUUCGCUGCGGAUGCGACGAGUGUGUAACAUCCAGCGAGCAGGACUCCCUUCGCCACUCCCAGUCACGCAUCAACGCCUACCGGGCGUUGUCGUCCAGUUCGCUGAUAGCGCUGAGCUCCAAGGAUCCGAUCUCGACUGCGUUUCAUCUGUCGUGGGAACUGAGGAGGCUGAGCCGGACCGAGUCCGAGUUUCGAGCGGAGUACACGACAAUGCGAGCCAACGUGCAAGAGUUCGCCACCUCCCUGCUGGAUCAUGCCCGAACGUCCACCGAGCUGGAGAUCAUGCUAAACUACAACGCCGGCGCCAUAGACAACUGGGAACCGGGCGAACGCCAAACGCUGGAUCGACUGAAAUUGGCACUGAAGUUCAAACAGAAACUGUUCGUAGCUCACCCGAACGUGCAACAGCUGCUGGCAGCGAUCUGGUACGAGGGUUUGCCGGGUUUUCGACGCAAGUCCCCCGUUGGUCAGAUCACCCAGGUGGCCAAACUGGGCGCCAUGUUUCCGGUUUACAGUAUGAUCUACAUGAUCGCACCCAACUCGUUGAUGGGACAGUUCAUGAAGAAACCCUUUGUGAAGUUCAUCGUCCACUCGGCUAGCUAUGCAUUCUUUUUGAUGUUACUGGGAGCUGCCUCGCAACGAGUCGAAUACUUGGCUAUCGAAUGGUUUGGGCCGGACUGGAUGCAGGAGAUACUGAAAGAGUGGAAACGGAAGGAGCGUGGAUCGCUACCGGGCCUAGCGGAGUGUUUGGUCAUACUGUACAUCAUCAGCUUGAUAUGGCACGAGAUCAAAUCGCUCUGGAACGAUGGCCUGCUGGAGUACGUGACGGAUCUGUGGAACAUCGUGGACUUCAUCUCGAACUCGUUCUACAUAGCGUGGAUCAGUUUGCGGUUCACGUCCUGGUACACGGUUUGGCGCGAUUCUAGGGCAGGUCUCAACCCAUGGUAUCCUCGUGAGCAAUGGGAUCAAUUUGAUCCGAUGCUACUCUCUGAAGGAGCAUUCGCUGCUGGUAUGAUCUUCUCGUUCCUCAAGCUGGUUCACAUCUUUUCGAUUAAUCCACACUUGGGACCGCUACAGGUAUCCCUCGGCCGAAUGAUCAUCGACAUCAUCAAGUUCUUCUUCAUCUACACCCUGGUACUGUUCGCCUUCGGCUGUGGUCUUAACCAACUUCUAUGGUACUACGCCGUCCUGGAAAAGAACAAAUGCUACCAUCUUCCGUCCGGGCUUCCAGAUUUUGAAAACAACGAAAAAGCGUGCGGUAUUUGGCGUCGAUUUGCGAACCUCUUCGAAACAUCCCAAUCGCUGUUCUGGGCAUCUUUCGGCUUAGUAGAUCUGAUGGCCUUCGAACUGGCCGGAAUCAAGAGCUUCACCCGGUUUUGGGCUCUACUUAUGUUCGGUUCGUACAGUGUCAUCAACAUUAUUGUCCUCCUAAACAUGUUGAUCGCCAUGAUGAGCAACAGCUACCAAAUCAUUUCGGAACGUUCGGACAGCGAGUGGAAGUUUGCUCGCUCCCGGCUGUGGAUGAGCUACUUCGAAGAUGGUGAUACGCUACCCCCGCCCUUCAAUCUGGUGCCUUCGGUCAAAAACUUCGACAAGAUUAUGAGCUUAUGCAAAUGCAGCAAGGACAAACGGUCGACGACGAGUAUUCUGAAACGAAACCGCGAAAAGGCCCAGCGGCGUCACGAGAAUGUGAUGCGGCUGCUAGUGCGGCGGUAUGUGACGGCCGAGCAGCGGAAACGGGAUGACUUUGGCAUCACUGAGGAUGACGUGAUGGAGAUUCGGCAGGACAUUAGUACCCUGCGGUACGAGCUGAUCGAUAUUUUGCAUCAGAAUGGCAUGAGGACACCGAACGUCAAGGCUUCGGAUGGGGCAAUUGCCGGCAAGAAGGGUCGCGUUAUGGAACGACGCAUCCUCAAGGACUUCCAGAUCGGUUUCGUCGAGGGCAUCCUCAACGAGACGUUCAAGGACGCAAAGGACAAACCGGCGGCGGACGUGUUCAGCACCAUCGCCAAAGCCAUCGGUAGCCGUACCAGCGCCAAGAAGAAGAAGCCUGAGGACUGGAACGCUCUGGUCCGCAAGAACACCACGGUCCGCGAUCCGAUCGGUAACUCAACGGAGGCGAUCAUGCGCCGCAGCAGGAUGAGCUUGCGCAAACAGAUCGUCGAAGGAUCCCACCAGGGCUUGGACAUGAACACCGACAAUCUGGUGGAGUUCAACCCGAAACUGUCGGAGGUGACUCCGGUGACGCGGGUCGCCUACGUCAAGUUCAUGACGUCCAAGUUGAAAAAGGACAUCGGCAAGGAGGACGAGGCGGAUGCGGCAACGUUUGAAAACGAACGCAGGGGAUCCACGACGCGGAGUUCGCUGAAGAAGCUUGUGGAGCUGAAGGAUAAGAUCAAUAGCAUUGACGCGGAUGACAAAACAGAAAAGAAGUCUCCGGUUAAGGAAACGGAGAUUCCACUCAAGGAGUCGGCGCCAACUCCCGCUGCAGUGACGGUAGAUCCUCCGGAAGAAACGAUCAGCACGGCCUUCAAAGAGGACAAGGAAGACAUUCGGAUCGACAUGAGUAAGGUGCGUGUACGUUCACCGAUCCUGGAAGAUCCCGAGGAUGUUUUGAGUGAAAAUGGUGAUCGCUGUCCUACGCCCAGGCGUGAAGACAGUAUUCCAAAACGUCCGGAUACUCCCGUCCCAAGCGUUAGUCCACCGUUGGACAAGAAAACGGACAGUGGAAAACCAAGCAGCGCCGAGGUGAGCACUGCUGGUUCGAUUAAGGUCAAGGAAUCAACCCUGAGUCCGGAAAGCAGCAUUCGGAAGGAAACCCUUUCGCCGUCCGGCUCGUCCAAGUCCGAUACUUCCCGUUCACGCUCACGGUCCCCAACUCCGUCUCGGCUGGAGCCUCCAGCCCCAAGUUCCCCAGCCCACGCACCGUCGACGCCGACCUUCUCCGACAAAGGCAAAUCGAAAAUAACCGGAAAGACGAUUGGCGGUUGGAUGUAAUGCACCAUCCUAUGUUCUUUUCUGUUAGCGACAACCUCACGAAUUCAAUUGACUCCGGUUCCCCCUAGUGGUGUGCGUCAUCCAAGGUAGGCAUUUUGGCAAUUUAAACGUUUUUCAUUUUCAGAGUAGAUUCACCGUUUAACGAAUGAAUAAAGCGAACACAGUUUCAAUGAACUUAAUGUAA